GUGGUCGAACUUCAUGUUCGGCACAGUUGUCGCCAGCUGCUGCCCCACGCGCGAUCGACAGUGGCUGGCGCGGGCCUCAUGUCUCGCAGGCAGCUAGCAUGGGAGGCAAAGGCGUACCAGCACCUGUUGCCGUCGAAGGUGCCCACGGAGACGUGGACGGCAAACGCCAACAAGACCCAUGGCACGAAGGAGCUGCACUUCUCGGCAACAAACUCGCCGUGCACGACCUGCCCGCCCACGUCCGCAAGCAGCUGGAGUGCCGCCAUCACUUGCGGCUUUGACGAAGCCAGGCAGCGGCCGAUCAACGCAGAGUUCGCCUCCAACUUCGCAGACGCCCUCACAGAAACGCACGGCACGAUCGACGACCUUUCCCCCAUGGCCAACUCGACCCAGCACCCGUACAAGCCGUUCCACUCCCCCGUGAUGGCCGACAACAUCCCCGUCACCAGUGCAGGCGGCGUGGGCUUCCUCGUCCCGCAUGACAAAGGCGAACAAAUACUCCCCCCUGCGCUACGUCCUCGCAUCAGGUUCGAGGUCGCCAUCCAUGGCCGCGCCGCCUGGCUUCGGGUCACGGACGCCAGCCUCCAGUUCGAAGUCACCGUCAUCAACAUCCACAACUACGGCCUCACCGCAGCGGGAGUCUGGUGCAACGAGGGCUGGAAGAUCAAGACCGCCAUGGUCCAACGCCUCGAAGGCGCCACCAACGGCACUUUCUUCACGGACGCAGACAAAUUGACGAGCUACAAGUUUGAGGUCUCCAUGUUCACCAAGAGCAUCAAGACUGCGGAGCGCUACGUGUGUGGCCCGCAGCUGGUGCGCGCCCUCGGGGCGCGAGUCCGGACGACGGUGGAGAGCUGCCCGGACAUCGACACGGUCGACGAGAUCGACAAGGAUGGAGUUUUGAUUGGUUGGAACAAAGUGUUUCAGUACGUAUUGGAGAAGCUGGACUUCACCAGCCUGAAUGACACGGGCCUCCUCGCGGAGGAGUUUUUCCUGAAGGUCAGCAGGAACUCGGGCGAGACCUUCCAGGACUGGGCCGCCAGAUUCGAGAAGAAGGGGCGCGAGCUGUUGGUGCAGCUCCAAGUCAUCGAUUCCAGCGUGACGGAAGUGAUUGCGAAGCCUCUUCGGACAUGGCGGUUCCUUCGGAAGUCCAAGCUGUCCCCUGUUCAACGUGGAGAGAUCGCCGCCACUGCAGGUGGCGACCUCAACUUUGGUAAGACAUACAAGGCCUUGCUCACGCGCUUCCCGGCGGAGGCGCUGGCGGAGCUCGACGGCAAGCAGCACCGGAGGGCCUUCUAUGAGGACACGCCCGUCGACGACGUUGAGGACGAGACUGGUGGGGAAGAUAUUGAUUUCACAGAGGUUGUCGAGCAGCUGAUCACCCUCGCUGAAGAAGACGAAUAUGAGGAGCCAGCUGACGACAACCCAGCGGACAACGAGGUGUUCGCAGAGUUCAAGCAGGUGGGCAGGAGCUUCAAGGACGCUCGCGACCUGAUCCGACGCCUUCGAGUGUCCCGCGACUACUACCCGGUCGUGUCGCUCAAGGACCCCGAUCGCGUGCCCCCGCCUCCGAACACGGGACGAGGCUUCCAGCGUGGCCGCGGCAAGAACGGUCGAGGCCGCGCUCGCUUCGACACGGGCAAGGGACGUGACAUGUCCAAGAUGAAGUGCAUCGCGUGCGGCGAAUAUGGUCAUCGAGCGGCGGACUGCAACGAGAGGUUCAAGAAAGAUAAUACGAGAGAUGGAGCUCGUGGGACUACUCACAACGGCUUCGUCCUGUCCGCCCUCGACGAGUACCUCUACCUCCUGGAGCGCGACGGCAUCUGGGCGAUCCUCGACAUCGGGGCCACGAAGAGCCUCGGCGGCCUCGAGAGCGUCGAGAACCUCAUGUACGAGAUGCUGGACCAGCACGGCCAGGAGUUCGAGACGACACAUGACGAGUGCUCCUUCACCUUCGGCGACGGCCUCCAGAAGAGCUCGAUGGGCACGGUGAAGGGGAACGUGUUCCUCGGCGGCGACCUGACCGAGGUCAAGCUGUCGGUGAUGCCGAACCGCGUGCCGAUCCUCCUGGGCAUGGACAUUCUGACUGUUUCGCUGAAGGUUGUGGUCGACUGCGGCCGGAACUGGAUCGGCCUUCCGACCAUGGGCAACAAGGUGUUCUACUGCGAGCGCCUCUCGAGCAACCAUCUGGCCGUCAACCUGACGACGCCGCAGUGCGACGGAAACCUCGGCGGCGCGGACACCUACCAGAGCGACGGAAACUGCGACACGGAGCGGAUCGGCUCGAGCGACGGAAACCUCGAUUUCGUUCGGACGGACGGUCAGGGGAUCGACAACUUCGGCUCCAGCGACCCCGACGCCAACAUCAACAGCAACACCAGCUACUCCGGCAAGAGCCACACGUGCACGAAGGCGACGGAGGUGACCAUCCGGGAGCAGGCAGUGGCUCUACGCUGGCGGCGCCUGUCCAACAAGCUGAACUCCCCGGAGAUACAGGGGGGCUGGAAGUUCACUCCGGAGAUGCUCGACGACUCGGAACUGCCGGAGAUGGACUCGAAGAGCCACGACAAGGUCCUGGACGAGAUCUACCAGACCAUCGCCGAGGACCUGACGGAGCUCGGCAGGCCCUACCGCAUCGACCUGAUGGAGGUGUGCUGUCCGGAGGACUCGAGCCUCAGCAAGGCCGUGCGGGACCAGGGAGGCAAAGUGUUCAGGUGCGGCCUCUUCAAUGGGAUCGACAUGGGAACGGCAACCGGGCUUCGACGCGCGCUUCACCUUCUCCGACGACUCCGACCGCGCCGCUUGGUUCUCAGCCCGCCAUGUACAGCAGACUGCCCGAUCCAGAAUCUCAACCAGAAGACAGCUCAGCAGAAGGCCACGUAUCUGGCGAAGGUGCGCAAGGCCCGACGUAUCCAGCGGAACUGCAAGAGCCUCUGGGAAGACUCGAAGAAGAUUCACGACUGCCACACCGAGCUCGAACAGCCAGCUUCCAGCCGAAGCUGGACCAGGUCGCCCUCGAUCAAGGCGAUGCGCGACCAGAUGCACGAGACGAUCAUCCAUGGCUGUGCGCAUGGACUUCGCGAAGCUCGUUCCGGCCUGCUGAUGAGGAAGGCAUGGCGCAUAUGCUCGACAGACCCGGAGUUCGGCGCUAAGCUCGGCAGGACGUGCUCCAACCGCCCCGGCAGGGGCGACAACCACACACACCGCCCCAUCGAGGACGGACAGGUGGUGGCCCAGACGGCCUUUUACCCACCAGCACUGUGUAAGGCUUGGGCAAAGCAUAUCCUGAAGACGAACACCAGCGCGAGGUACGGCAAGGAGAUCUUCACCAGCUUGGAACAGAUCCCAGAGGACGCUGAAGAGGAGAUGGAGGAGGCCCUCGACGAGGACCUCUUGCAGGAUAACCCCGAGGCCAUGGACGACGAGUCGGUCAUGAAGGGCCUGGGCAUCUCCGAGACACCGACCAAGAAGGAGGAGCUGGAGAUCGAGCAACGGCUGACGCGGCUCCACCGCAACCUCGGCCACCCGAGCAACAAGACACUGUACAAGAUCCUCAAGGCAUCGGGAGCACCUCUCCAGGUGCUGGCCUCCGACGGGCUCGAGUGGCUCUCGCCGAAGCAGGACUCUUUCCUGAUGACGUUGAACAUCGACGAGGGAUCCGGGUGGUGUUCGGACCGCGGCAUCGAGCUGUGGAUUGCCCCGGGCGAGGCCCACUGGCUGAUGGGCAAGGUCGAGAGGCGCAUCCAGCUUUUCAAGCGACUGAUGACGAAGCUGGCAACGCUGGACCCCGACUGCCCGGUCGAGGAGUUGGUGUCCUGGGCCGUGAGCGCGAUCAACAGCAUGGACAAGGUCGGCAACCACUCCCCGCUCGAGCACGUGAUGGGCGUCUCUGGGAUGCCGGCCUCGAGCAACCCGUUCGCCAUCAUUGACGGGGACACCGGGGAGACUCAGGAGCAGAGGCGCCUCCUCGCGCGCAAAAGCUUCCUGGAAGUAGAGUAUGCUGAGCGUCGUCGACACGCCGAGCAGGCUCGCAACCGGGUCUAUCAGACCUGGAAUCCGGGGGACCUCGUCUACUUCUGGCGUAAAGGGAAAGGCCUGGACCCUCGCCCUGGGAAGAAGGGCGGGUGGUACGGCCCUGCUCGUGUCCUUGCUCAGGAAAAACGACACGUGGACGGGCGCACCCGUCCUACCUCGGUCAUCUGGAUCUCCCACGGGAGCGUGCUCAUCAGGUGCGCCCCGGAGCAGCUGCGCGUCGCCUCGGAGGCAGAGAAGAUGAUCGUCGAAUUGCAGCGGCAGAGCAACCUUGGCAAGACCAUGACGGAGAUCUUGGAGACAGCCAAGGGCGGUACCUAUGAAGACCUUCUCGGACAAAAUCCUCCAGACCUCCGAGACUACGAGCCUCCACCGCAGCCGACGAUGGCGAUCCCCGCGACCGAGGGCCAGACUCUCGAGAACAACAGCGAGGCGGGCGAGUCGAGACCUAGAUGGCGCAUGACACACCGCGGACCAGAGCUCGAUCUGCACGCACCGCCGGAGAAGCGACAGAGAGGCGCAGACGAGGAGAUGGCCGACGCGCUGUUCGACAGCAACCACCUGGUCAACCUCUUCAAGGACAAGUUGGACAUCACCCUCGGCAUCGACGAACAGCAGACCGUCUACUUCGAGUACUUGCAGGACGAGAAUACCACUCCAGACGGACGCCGAGGUUUGAUGAGCCACAUCCUGGACAGCUUCGUCGUCAACCAGCGCCGGAAGGACAAGGUGGAGCUGACCUGGUCCAAGAUGAACGCCACCGAGCGUGAGGAGUUCGAGGCAGCCAUCGCCAAGGAGACGAACAACUGGAUCCAGCAUCAGGGACUCCGCGCUGUCCCGAUAUCUCGGGUCAAGGACGCGGCGGACGUCAUCCGGGCAAGGUGGCUCUUCACCCGCAAGUCCGAUGGGAAGGCGAAGGCCCGGCUCGUCCUCCUCGGCUACCAGACGAAGGACCUAGGACAGGAGCCGACAGCCAGCCCCACCGCGUCUCGGCGCGCCCGUCACGUGAUGCUAACAGUGGCCGCCGCGAACCGCUGGAAGCUCAUCAAGGGCGACGUCACCUCCGCCUUUCUGCAGGCCCACGACCUCGACAAGGACCUCUUCAUCGAGCCAGACGCCGUCCUCAGAAAGGCCUUCCGCGUGCAGGAAGGGGAAAUCCUCCAGGUCGUGAAACCUGGAUAUGGGAUCGGCGAGGCGCCCCGGCACUGGUGGGAGACGGUCAAGCACGACUUUGCGAAACUUCGACUUCAAGCCUGCGAGUUGGAGCCCUGCCUCUGGAAAGCACGAUGUUCCAGGACGGGCAGGCUCAUUGGUAUGAUCAUGGCCCACGUCGACGACUUCAUCAUGGCAGGAGAUACCUCCCACCCUGAGUGGCAGGACAUGGUCAAGCAGAUCCGAGGGCUCUACAAGUGGGGCACCUGGGAGGACAUGAAUGACGGGCUCACCUCUCUCGAACAGUGCGGCGUCACCAUCGAGGAGAGCGAGCAGGGCUUCUUCCUCCACCAGAAGUCGUAUAUCGACAAGAUCAAGGAGGUCAAGGCGGCCAGCGGCAGUAAGCAUCGGACCACCGACAGCCUCAAGGACUCUGACAAGACGGUGCUCAGGGCGUUCUGCGGCGAGAUCUACUGGCUUGGCGUGAAUACCAUGCCAUUUCUCCUAUCGUGGGUAGCCGACCUCCAGAUGAAGAUACCAGCAGGUACUCACAACCUCUUCACGGCCGCUAACAACAUUGUCAAGCUCGUCAAGCAGAGCCGCCACAUGGGGAUCAGGAUCUACCGGCACGCCCUGGACGACCUCGCCAUCUUCACCUGGUGCGACGCAGCCUGGGCCAGCCGCCCGGAUGGACACUCCCAGGGUGGUCAUAUCACCGCUAUCUCCUCCAAGGCGGCCAUGGACGGGAAGCUCUCCGAGUUCACGGUCCUCGACUGGGGCUCCAAGAAGCUGCGCCGCGUGGCUCGGUCUAGCCUGGCGGCGGAGGUGCAGGAAGCCGGCGACGCCGAAGGCGAGCAGAGCAUGAAGCAGCAGUGGCGCCUCAUAUACGACGAGCAGUUCAUGAGCGCUCGCAAGCGGGCAGCUCUUGGCAAGGGCAUCUUCGACGAGACGGACCCGACCGACCCGGCCUCAGCUCGUCAGGACGCGAAGCCCCGGGUCCAGAAGCCCGAGGGCAGCGACCAGAGCCAGCAACGAGGCACGAACACGCGGGUAGCAGGGUCGAGCACACAAUCGAUCUGCAGCGGGCUCGACUGCACGAAG